AUUUGAACAAAAUGGAUAACUUUGAGCUGAAAGAUCAAUUUGACUCCUUGGACAUUCAUAAAGAAGAAACUGAAAUGGAAAGGAAUAUUGACCAAAACUCUAUUGAGCCUGAAGACUCAGACCAAAAUGAUGCACCUCAAGAAGAAAAUAAGGGCGAGGAGGAGGACCCUGAACUGUUGGAUAAAGAGUCUGUUUCCAUCUUCUUCAACCAGAUUGGCAUAAGUGAUUAUACAAAGACUAUCCUGAUCGAGAAUGGGUUUGAUAACUUUGAGUCUCUAUCCUAUCUUUCAAAGGAUGUUCUGAGCCAGCUUAAGAUUAAGAAUAAUACCGAUAUUGAUAGCUUACUUAACUCCCUCUCGAGUAUUGCAGAGUGAUACAGAAAUUCAGCUUCAAUGAAGGAGGCAUUAGGAGCUUAUGAAAAAUGAAUUCCAGGAACAGUGAUUACCCCUAAGUUAUUGAUGAAGUGCGCUACCAAUAUUAAGCAGAAGAGAAAGGAUCACAAAGGUAGGCUGAUUGCUGAGCAUUUCUUACCUGGCAUUACUCAUCUCUCCCUGGAGAGUAGAAACAUUACUAAGAUUGAGAGUCUUGAUAUGUGCACGAAUCUAAAAUAACCUAUAUUUGUAUGAGAACAAGAUUUCCAAGAUUCAAGGACUUGAGAACUGCGUUAACUUGACAAUUCUUUCUCUUGAAAGGAACCUCAUCAGCAAGAUUGAGGGUCUGGAAAAUCUGAAGAAACUACAGAAGCUUUAUCUUGAGAACAAUUGUAUUAAUAGACUUGAAGGCCUUCAUUCUAACUCAAAUUUGGAAGAAAUAAACCUAAACAACCAAAAUUUGUCCCCUGGACAAGAAUUUACAUUUGAUGACUUAUCAUUAUGAGCUGUGUGCUCGAGCUUGGUGAGGCUAGACCUCAAAUCUUGCCAGAUUGUCGACCCAAAACCACUAUUCUAUCUCGAAAGGUUAGAUGUACUUAACCUGAAGGAUAACCAGAUUUCAGAGUUAGAGGCUGUGUCUCCCUUUCUCUCAACGAUCAGGUACUUGAGAGUACUCGAUAUGAGAGGGAACCCACUAGCCAAAAUUCGAAAAUAUCGAGAUCAAAUCAUUAUGAUUGGGCUUAGCAUUCAAACUCUUGACGAUAAGAAAGUGACUGAGCAUGAGAGGCAAUAUCUCCUCACUCUGGAGAUGAAGAAAAAGGGUAUCAAAGUCCCUACUAAAGAACCCCAAUUCGAAAUGGCAGGCCAAGGAGGAUACGGUGGUAGAGGAGGCAGAUGGUUUAGAGGACGAGGAGGCUUUGGCCAGCCAACUGGAGGCAGAAAAACUGUCCAAAAGUUACCAAAAGGGAAAAAGAUGACAAAUUUAGGCGAUAGACCACCUAUCAAAGCAGGCCUUUCUAUUGUGGGGAAUGAGAUGGAGAUCAUGCAUCCUCUCGACGAGAAGGAAAAUCAGUUAGAACAACCAGGAAGCAAGGAAUCUACUCAUUUCCAACCCCCUGAUCAGUACCCAACAUAUGAGGAGUUAAUGAAGAUGGCUAGUCUUCCUUCAAGAGUAGAGAUAAGUAAAAAGUAAUUCAAUAUUUUUUUGUUUCAAA